AAAGUUCCUUCAGUCUGAAUUUUGAAUUGUCGUUCAAAGAACAAUACUUCUUCGAGCUUUCAACCAAGAAAUCCACCAAGAUGGAAGCCUUUCCUUACACGAAAUAUACAUCAUCUCGUGACUUGACAUAUAGUUACAUCCAUAUCAAACCAAGCCAAGGCAACCGAACUUAUAUCCUUUUUCUGCAUGGCUUCCCGUCCUCUUCUCGCGACUGGCGUCAUCAAAUCGACUAUUUCCAACAGCGAGGUUAUGGAAUCAUUGUCCCCGACCUGCUUGGUUAUGGAGGGACAUCCAAACCGCUGGAUACGACGAAGUACAACAUGAAAGGGAUGGCGAGCGAUGUCCAUGAGAUCUUGGAACAUGAAAACAUCGAACAAGUUGUAGGCAUAGGCCACGACUGGGGUUCGUUUUUACUUUCUCGCCUUAUGAACUAUUGUCCAAUCCUCUUUUCCAAGCUUGUCUUCCUUGAUGUCGGGUAUUCUGCUCCCGGGACCGGUCUUACAGAACAGACUGUGAAAUACGUCAACUCCAUGGUGCAAGAACAUAUGGGAUACUCUGUCUUUGGAUACUUUUUGUUCUUCAAGGAAGAUCAUGCCGCUCAGCUCAUGAAUGCACAUGUAGACUCCAUGCAAUCUCUUAUGCACUCGAGGGACGCAGAACUAGGAAAGAAGUAUAUGGGAGCUGAAGGCGGUACCAGAAACUGGCUUGAGGCCGGGAAGGUAGCCGAUCCGCCCUCAUAUCGAACCAAAGAAGACAUUGAGUACGACCGAGUGUUUUUUUCUGCUGAGAAUGGCGGAUACGGACCUUGUCUUAAUUGGUACAUCUCGCAAUUGAAUGACAUCAAUAGAGAAGACGACAAAGGCAUCCUGGAGAAGAACCAUACUUUGCAACAACCAACACUCCUUGUUUCUAGCAAUAACUUUAUCACAGCAGCAGCGGACAUGGCUAGCCAGAUGAGGCCUCUUGCGCCCAAGAUGAAGGAGGAGUCAUUAGACGCGGGUCAUUGGCUAAUGCUCGAAAAACCGAACGAAGUGAACGUCAUGAUAGAAAAGUUCUUGGAGGAAUAGACGAGGCCCGCAACCCAGAAAAGUCUCUAUUCAUAACAGGGUGAGGAAAUGGUGAGUAUGCACUCCCGAAUUGGGCGGAACAACGAGUUUGUUGUUAGUGGUAAUUGGUGAGAUAAGAAAGCAGUAGCCCAUAAUUCAU